AUGCCCGACCCUCUAUCUAUCGUUGGUUUGGCAGCCUCGAUCGCUCAGUUUCUUGAUAUUGGGUUCCGACUGAUCCAAGGCGCCAAAGAGAUUCAUGAAUCCACUCAAGGAGUAAGCCAGGAAGUGGCGGAGCUCCAGUUGGUUGUGGAGGAUAUCAAAAAUCUGAACCAGGAUCUCACGAGUCAAACCGAGCAGCCUCUAUCAAAGGAUGACCUUGCGAUUCGAGCCCUUGCCGAGCAGUGCGACUCGCUGGCAGAUACCUUGUUAAUGCAGCUAAGACCAUUGUCGUUGCGAGCAGACGCAACGCAUCGUAUAUUAGAAAGUUUCCGAGUGUCGAUGACACAUUAUAUGCGACGGAGAGAGAUCUUAAGCCUGCGGGCGCGACUGAGUUUAGUGGAGAAUCAGCUCCGAGAGAGGGUCGCACGUGCAGCACGGCAAGACCAGCGCUCAAGCAUCACGUUAAUAUUGGACAGCCUCCGCCACGAAAAAGAAGACGCUAAGUCUCCUGUUUCCAGCAACUUGAAUGGCUUUCAAACCUCCCUCGUUCUCGCUUCAUCCUCGUGUGGGGGGACGGAUGGCAGAUAUGACAUGACCUUGAGUGAUCUUUGUUCAAACCUUUUAUCCCUAUUGGACGAAGGGAGAGCGCAAAGUCACCGGAAAAUGGUCAUUCAAAGCUUGACCUUCAAGGCUAUGAAACGACGACAUGACCAGAUCAAUACUGCACAUUUCAAAACACUAGAUUGGGUUUUCGAUCAUUCCAAAACAACUUUUGGGCGAUGGCUGGAAGAGCAGGGGGGAAUAUAUUGGGUGAACGGACUGGCGGGCAGCGGGAAAUCCACACUCAUGAAGUUUAUAUCCGAUCAUGAUAAGACCAGAGACGCAUUGAGUUGCUGGGCUGGAGAACAAAAGCUGUUCAUUGCCAGCUUUUACUUUUGGAAUGCAGGUGUGGAUAUGCAAAAGUCCCAACUUGGUCUCUUGCAGAGCAUACUUUAUCAGAUCCUAAGAGCUGAGCCAUGCCUGGUUCCCAAGGUUUGUCAUAGCCACGAGGGAUCAGAGCCGUGGGAUAUCACCGAAUUGAUGGAAGCAUUUUCUCUCCUAGCUGACACUACAUCAUCGGCUAGAUUUUGCUUCUUUAUUGACGGUCUUGACGAGUACGAUGGAAAUGACUUUGAGAUCGUUUGCGUCUUAAAGGAACUCGCUCGAUCAGCAAGUGUCAAAAUUUGCGCGUCCAGUCGGCCCUGGGUAGCUUUUGAAAAAGAGCUUAGCAAUUCGGGACGGAUGUUUGUUCUACAGGACUUCACUGGACAGGACAUGGAGAACUACGUCGAGGCAAUGCUCGUUGAGAAUGAUAUAUUCAAAGCACUGGCGGCAACUGAUCUUCGCUGCCACAAUCUUGUUUCUGAGAUUUCCCGGAGAGCGAACGGGGUUUGGCUCUGGGUUUUUCUGGUUGUCCGAGAUCUCAUGAGGGACAUUACUGCCAGAGAAACGUAUAGCACAUUAGAGGCCCGUCUCAAUAGCCUGCCCCAAGAGUUAAAUAAGUAUUUUUCUCGCAUAAUGGAACGGAUUGAUCCGUUCUUCCGGCAAGAUACCGCUCGUAUCUUUCUCAUCGCCGUGGAUUCGGUUAGGCCAUUCCCAUUAUAUGCAAUGAAGUUUUUGGAGAGAGAUUCAAGAUAUGAGGACUACGCCCUCGAUCUUCAAUUGGAAGGAAUCACCGUCGAUGAGCUUUCUGUUGUGUGCGAGGACUGGCGACCACGACUUCAGAACCGAUGUGGAGAUCUUUUGAUUAUUCAUAAGGAUAACUCUGAAGAUGCAUUUUUCAAAACAACUGUGGACUUCAUUCAUAGGUCUGCACGAGAUUUCCUUCGGGAUAAUCACCACACCAUGUUACAAAGGUUCGUUCCAGAGAGUUUUAAUGGCAAGAAAACACUCUGCAGGAUGCUCCUCGCCAUGCUAAAAACCUAUCCAAUUGAAACCUUUCGACAGGCUUCAAAUGGAUUGUUUGGCUUGGUCGAUGAAAUUCUGUACUAUGCUUGUGAGCUGGAGCUAUUAGAUCAAGCGGGUUCCCAGUUCCCUAUUCUGGACGAGAUUGAUGAUGUCAUGUCGAACUAUUCGGCAGCAGAACACAAUCACUGGACCAAUGGACGGGAUUCGCCCACCAACACCAGAUAUGUUCAAUGGAUUGAACGAGGCCAGUGCUCCUAUAUCGCGCUUGCGGUGCAGGCCCGCUUACGACGAUAUGUCGAGCAUGUCCUAGAUCUCAACCCAUCCUGGUUGAAGAAGAAUGGUCGCCCGUUACUAGACUAUGCCCUUCGGCCUACCAGAGUCACGCCGAGCGACCUUCCUUACAACCAUGAGCGAGAAUACGCAGGUAUCGAUGCAGACCUUGUGACUGCGCUGCUUGUCCGCGGAGCUGAUCCAAAUGAGCACAUCUACACCUAUGGCGGCCAAACACCGUGGGAGUUAUUUGUCUUGUUUUGUUACGAACGAUGCAAGCAUUUGCCAGAAGACCAAAAUCCAUAUUUCGAGGUCGCCGGCUUGUUAGUCCAACACAAUGCGAACUUAGAUCAUGUGGUGCGCUUCCCAACAAUGGAGACUUACCUGGGGACAACCGCGCGAUAUAAGACUCAAGUCACUAUUGAAAGGAGACAAGCACCAGCCCGAGAAUUGCUCAACAAGGUAUUCACAUCGAACCAGAUGGUAAAUUUGGACCACAAAAUGCAACAGGCGAAACUAGAAUCACAGAACCAAGGAGGACGAUUUUUCGGAUGGAUUCACUACAUGGUCACAGGCAAUUGUUAA